AUGUUCAACCUCAAUGGUGCCAGAAGUGAGGGCUAUGUCCAAGAGCUGUUUCAUGAGGAAGCACAGCAGGUAUCUCAAAUGCAGACCAAGCCCUGGUGGAAGAUCCAGCUGUUUGUGUGGGAGCCAGUGCUUUUUGGGACGUGGGAUGGUGUCUUUACUUCCUGCAUGAUCAACAUUUUUGGAGUGGUUCUUUUCCUGAGGACAGGAUGGCUUGUGGGAAACACUGGCAUUGUAAUGGGCAUGUUUCUGGUGUCCUUUGUCAUCCUGGUUGCCCUGGUGACAGUUUUGUCUGGAAUUGGAGUGUGUGAGAAGUGCAGCAUUGGAAGUGGAGGAGUCUACUCCAUGAUUGCUACUGUCCUUGGAGGUCAAGUAGGGGGGACCGUUGGUCUCCUUUAUAUUUUUGGCCAGUGUGUUGCAGGUGCCAUGUACAUCACUGGCUUUGCAGAGUCCAUUGCAGAUGUCCUAAGCCUCAGCAACAUCUGGGCAGUGCGUGGGAUAUCCCUAGUUGUCCUGCUGGGCCUGCUGGGGAUCAACCUGGCUGGGGUGAAGUGGAUCAUCAGGCUACAGCUCCUGCUGCUCUUCUUACUGGCUGUCUCAACGCUGGACUUUGUCAUCGGGUCCUUCACACACCUUGAUCCAGAGAAUGGUUUCGUUGGCUACUCCGAAGAGCUCAUGUUCAACAACACACUGCCAGACUACAGCCAGGGGGAGUCUUUCUUCACUGUUUUUGGAGUGUUUUUCCCAGCUGCGACAGGUGUGAUGGCUGGGUUCAAUAUGAGUGGAGAUCUCCAGAAGCCUGCUACCAACAUCCCCCUGGGGUCUCUGGCUGCUAUUGGCACCUCGUGGUUUCUGUACAUGGUCUUUGUUUUUUUGCUGGGAGCCAUUUGUACCCGUCAGUCACUCCGCUAUGACUUCAUGAUAGCAGAGAAGGUGUCCUUGGUGGGUUUCUUGUUUUUGCUAGGACUGUACAUCUCAUCCUUGGCCUCCUGCAUGGGAGGGUUGUAUGGAGCACCCAGGAUCCUGCAGUGCAUCGCCCAGGAGAACGUGAUCCCUGUGCUUGCCUUCCUUGGACGUGGGAAAGGACCCAACAAGACUCCAGUGGCAGCAAUUUGCUUAACAAGUCUCAUCACCAUGGCUUUUGUCUUCAUUGGACAAGUGAACAUUCUUGCUCCCAUAGUCACCAUCAACUUCAUGUUGACAUAUAUUGCUGUAGACUAUUCCUAUUUCUCAGUCUCCUUGAGCUACAACAUUCACCAGAAACCUGAUGACACCCAGAUGAAAAAUACUAGACCUGCUCACUCUUCCCAGCCUCUAAUUGUCAACAAGUCUUCCAGCCAUGCAGCAGAUGGAGUAAUUCAAAGCAGGUCAAAUGGCACCUUGCUGGAAUUCACAAGAGACAUGGACCAGCUUUUUAAACCCUUCCGUAGUGAGCCAGGUACUUGGAAAAAAGGAGGAGCUGAGAAUUUAACUCAAAAAGUCAAACAAAAGAAGGCAAAGAAGCCAGCCAAGCAGACAUUGCAAGACAGCUUCCUCCUGGAUCUCCGACCUGAUGCUUCCCCAUCUCAGCAUGGCUGGGAUGAGGCUGUGGAGCCCUACAGUGAAUGCAGACAGGACCUGGCCGAGCAGGGCCAUUGGCGGGAUGCGGGUCCAUGCUCAUCACCUGCUGCAGAUGCCCAGGGGACACCUGGGCUGCUGGAUCUGGGGGAUCAGCUCUACAGAGAGGUGCAGGGGUUCUCUGGCCAGAGGGCAGAAGAAUCUUCUAUGAGGCAACAAAAUCCAGAGCUGGGAAUUCAGCAAAUACCAGAAUCCUUCUACUCCAAAUUAUGCAAUCACUGGGUUUCCUUUGCUGGUGCCAUCAUGUCCCUUAUCAUAAUGUUUGUCAUUCAGUGGAUCUACACCCUUGUCCUCCUGGGUGCAGCAGUGAUUCUAUAUUUCUACAUUGGCCAAGUGAGCCCAGGACUCCCCCUUGGAGCAGCAGCAAAUUUCAGUUUCUUUGGCUGGAUUAAGUCGCUUUUGAUCACCUCAUGCAGGAGAAGGCCAUCUCCCAAGGAGCAGAUCGUGGUGACACCAUCCAUUGCAACAGUUGGCAUGGAGACCACUCAGCUCACCGAGGAGAACGCAGACUUUGCCUCACGAGACCGCUAUCACCAGUCCUCACUCAUCAGCAGAGAGGAAUUUGGGAAACAAUUCCAGUGA